UAGAAAAGCGGAAGUCGCCGCGGAGCGCGCGGCGCGGGCGCAAGCACGUAGCGGCGACGCGACCAGCACCGUGCAGCUCCGACGCAGUGCAAGGAAUGCGGGGUUGGGAGUGGGUGAUGCGUCGUCUGCUUCUAAGCAAGAGAAUUCACACGAGAACGAGGAGGUUACGGUCUGGCCAAAGAAAAGGCCCGGAGUCGCGAAGAUGAAUGAUGAUGACAUUGAGGCUACGCGUCCGGCGAAACUGGCGAAGGGUUUGCCGCCGUCGUCGUCUUUAGGCCCCGUUCUUGAUCUGUUGAAAAUUUCUAAGACGUUGACGCCGAGCCCUGAAAAGAAGAUUAAGGAUGAAGAGGAAGACGAGGGGGAAAAGAAAAUGGAAGAUGAUAGGAAAAGAGAAGAUGAAAAGAACAAGGCCACGAAGAAAAAACAAGAGGACGAUCUUCGAGUGAAGAAACUAAAAUCGUACACGCAGUUCGUCGACAAGCCGCCGUUCCCGGAUUUCAAGAACCCGAGGCCGGAGGAAUGCCAGCUCGCCCACAGGAUUCUGUGCGCGCUGCACGGCGAGCGCCAGCGCCCGCCAGCACUGAGGCUCCCGCGGACAGGCGUCGAGUGCGGCAACGUGCCGUCGGUGCUAGACGCGCUGAUCCGCACCGUGCUAUCGCAGAACACCAACAGCCGCAACAGCACGCGGGCGAAACAUGACAUGGACGAGGCGUACACGGCGUUCGACGAAAAAGACGGCAGCGUCGAUGUGCAAGCGCGGUGGCACCGGAUCGCGACGGGCGGCGCCGAGCGACUGGGGAAGGCGAUCGCGAAGGGCGGGCUCGGCGCCGUCAAGAGCAAAGUCAUCGUCGACAUCCUAAGACAGGUGAAGGAGCGCUACGGGACGUACUCGCUCGACCACCUGUUGCGCGUCGGGGAGACGGCGUCGUCGCUCCGCGAGGAGCAGGACAUCGUCAUGCGCGAGCUGCUCUCGUACCGCGGCGUCGGCACCAAGACCGCCAGCUGCGUGCUGCUGUUCUGCGUCGGCCGCGACAGCUUCGCCGUCGACACUCACGUCUACCGGCUCGCGGGGAUCUUGGGGUGGAGGCCCGCGAGAGCGACCCGCGACGAGACGUUCGCGCAUCUCGACUCGAGGAUCCCCGAUCAGCUGAAGUAUAGCCUGCAUAUCCUGCUCAUCGAGCACGGCCGCGAGUGUCCCGAGUGCAGGGCCGGCGCUGUAAAGGAGGGGAACUGCAAGCUCAGGAAGGCGUUUGUUACGUCGGCGAGGCUGGCGGCUGAGUACGAUGCGCGGGAGGGCAUGAGCCGAGUGAAUGCCGACCUAAGUACCUAGACCUAGAUAGGUAGGAGAUGGCUGGCCUGGGGGUGGGAGAGCUGUGAUGCGAUGCGAUGCGAUGAGAUGGAUGCCGAGGUAUAAUAGGUACAAUACUUUACAGGCGGUCGCAGUACCUCUUCUCUACAGCUAUACCCUACCUAGGUAUGUAGUACUUAAUAUAUACUACCUCUAUGCCAGCCUGUAAUUAUUAUACCUACAUGUCUAACCUACUGGGUAAUACCAAUGUUGUUAACUUUGUGUUCACCUAUGUAUCUAGGUUAGGUAGAUGCAAUAGUACGACAUUGUUUAGGGUCUAUACACAAUAUAAUGCAAUUAAACUACCUAAAGAGUGUUACUUGCUGACUACAGCUAUUACUAUAUUGAGCCAUGAGGGG